AUGGCUCAGACUGCUGAGAUCAGGUGCGCCAUGCCCGUGGACGACAUCCUCGAGGUCGAGAGGAAAGGCGAGAUCAACCAUGACAACAUCCUCUGCAUCGUCGACAGCAUCAACAUCGCAUCUUGGCAAUCGCAACAAUGGCCGGAGGCCGGAGAGCAGCAGCACCACCAGCAGGAGCAGGAAGCCACAGCCGGAGCCGGUCCUCUCCACCUCGUGGUGUUCCCAUGGCUGGCGUUCGGCCACCUCAUCCCGUUCCUCGAGCUCUCUAAGCGGCUGGCGGCGCGGGGCCACGCCGUCACCUUCGUCUCCACGUCGAGGAACGUCUCCAGGCUCCCGCCGCCGCCGGUGCCCGCCGCCCUGUCCGGCCGCGUCCGGACGGUGGCACUGCCGCUGCCGGCCGUGGACGGGCUGCCCGAGGGCGCCGAGUCCACGGCCGACGUGCCGCCUGACAAGGUCGGCCUCCUCAAGACCGCCUUCGACGGCCUCGCCGCGCCCUUCGCGGACUUCCUGGCAGCCGCCUGCGCCGCCGGUGGCAGCCGGAGAGAUGGGGAGGACGCCAUGGCUGCGUUCUCGAGGAGUCCCGACUGGAUCGUCGUCGACUUCGCGCACUACUGGAUCUGCCCCAUCGCUGAGCAACACGAGGUUGCUUGUGCGAUGUUCCAAAUCACCACGGCCACCAUGGCCGCCUACUUCGGGCCGCGUCAGGAGAACGCCGACCACCCGCGUGUCACCGUCGAGGACUUCAUGCCGAUGCCGAGGUGGUUCCCGUCCCCAGCACCAGCAGCUUCCCUCGCCUUCCGCCGACACGAGGCCGCCUGGAUCGCCGCUGGUACCCAGCUCAACGCGUCCGGCGUCGCGGACUCCGAGCGCUUCUGGCGGACCGAGCAGCGGUGCCGCCUCCUGUUCAUACGCAGCUGCCCGGAGGUGGAGCCCAGCCGGGUGUUCCCCCUGCUCGCGGAGCUCUACCGCAAGCCUGUCCUGCCCACCGGCCUCCUGCUGCCGGACGAUCGCCGUGACGGCGACGACGGUGACCAUGGCAACGGUAGCACUCAUGAAGCGGCGGCACGCUCAUCGGGUGCCUUACAGUGGCUCGACGAGCAGCCGUCGGGGAGCGUCCUGUACGUCGCGCUUGGCAGUGAGGCGCCGCUGACGCCGGCGAGCGUGCACGAGCUCGCCCUGGGGCUCGAGCUCUCCGGGGCACGCUUCCUGUGGGCUCUGCGCCUGCCGAGCGGUGGCGCGUCGACGACGAUGUUGCCGCCAUCGCCGCUGCUGCCGGACGGGUUCGAGGCGCACACGCGCGGGCGCGGCGCCGUGUGCACGGGCUGGGUGCCGCAGAUGCGCGUCCUCGCGCACGCGGCCGUGGGCGCGUUCCUGACGCACUGCGGCUGGGGCUCCGUCGUGGAGAGUCUCCAGUUCGGCCACCCGCUUGUCAUGCUCCCGUUCAUCGUCGACCAGGGACUCAUCGCUCGGAUCAUGGCGGAGCGGGGCGUCGGCGUGGAGGUGGCGCGGCGCGACGACGACGGGUCGUUCGGUAGGGACGACGUGGCGGAGGCCGUGAGGCGCGUGAUGGUGGUGGAGGGCGAGGAGGGGAAGAUGCUCGCGCUCAACGCGAGGAAGCUGCUGGAGGAGGUCGUCGGCGAUGAUGCUGGCCGGCAGGGGCGGUACGUCUACGAGCUCGUGAACUGCUUGCAGAGGCAUUGUUUCACCGAGUGA